GAGCGGAGUUAAGGGAAGAAAAGAGCAGUGAGUGGGCAUGCUGAAGCAGGGAAAGAUGCAUGGUGCAAGUCUAUAUAAGGAUCCGAGGGGAUACGCUCGUCUCGUCGCCCCAAAGCCUGUGAGUUCCUUCACUGCUCGUGGUAGGCGAACAGACUGUCACAGGCACGCACACCGACCAACCACCGACUCGAUCUUGACGACUUUGCCCUCUCUACUACAAACACACCAUGUCGCUGCCCAAACCCCUCCCAACCCUGCCUCUGGGCACCGACGGCCCCUCAAUUCCGGCCAUGGGCAUCGGCAUGAUGUCGCUGGGCCACGCGUACGGCUCAGCCGGCGGGGAUGAGGAGCGCCUGGCGUUCCUGGACGCCGUGUACGCACUGGGCGCGACGCACUGGGACGACGCCGACCUGUACGGCGAUACCGAGACGCUGCUGGGCAAGUGGUUCACCGCUAACCCGGACAAGCGCAAGGACAUCUUCCUGACCACGAAGUUCGGCUUCGCGGGCCAGGACGCCGACGGCGCCUACAUCAUCCGCAGCGACCCGGAGCACAUCAAGGCGGCGUGCGCUGCCAGCCUGGACAAGUUGAAGUCCGGCUGGAUUGACCUGUACUACUGCCACCGCGUGGACGGGAAGACGCCCAUCGAGGAGACUAUCAAGGCCAUGGUCGAGUUGAAGAAUGAAGGCAAGAUCCGCCACCUGGGGCUCAGCGAGGUGUCGGCCUCGACGCUGCGGCGCGCGCACGCCGUGCACCCGAUCUCGGCGCUGCAGAUCGAGUACUCGCCGUGGGCGCUGGAGAUCGAGACCAACGGGGUGCUGCAGGCGUGCAAGGACCUGGGCAUCGCGCUGGUGGCGUACUCGCCGCUGGGCCGGGGCUUUCUGACGGGGACGAUCAAGUCGGCCGCGGACGUGCAGGGCGACUUCCGCGCGUUGCUGCCGCGCUUCCAGCCCGCCAACUUUGACAAGAACCUGGCGCUGGUGCGCCAGAUCGAGCUCCUCGCCCACGCCAAGGGCGUCUCGACCUCCCAGCUCGUCCUGGCCUGGCUGCGCCGCCAGUGGCCCCAGGGCAUCCACCUGCUCCCCGGCACGCGCAGCGUCGACCGCGUCAAGGAGAACCUCGGCGCCCUGUCGAUCGACGUCACGGACGAUGAGGACCGCGCCAUCCGCAAGGCCUGCGAGGAGUGCACCGUCACGGGCAUGCGGUAUCCCGAGGCCAUGGAGUACAUCCAGGCUGGGGAGACGCCGGAGUUGAAGACGUGAUUAAAUCCAGGCAAGAGAGAAGGGCGAAGGACCAGCAGACUCGGGAUUGGUGGGACGACGGAUGAGGAAUGAUGAAAUGGGACAGUCAGGCUAUUCGCAACCAAAAUACGUCCUGCUUCGAUUGUGUCUAUGAAGUUUGUUCCUUUGCUCUCUCGUGACUAGGUAGGUACUUCUCGAUGCAAAUAUGAUAUGUUGGAAUAGCAUUCAAGGCCCUCUCCAG